AUGGGUUCCAAAGAAAAGCAAGACAAGACGGGCCAGAACGAUGGGCCUCUUGAUACCACCUCCACAACCGAAAAGGAGCCUCAAACGUGGCCCUAUGCUAGAAUUUUCAAAUUCGGCGGUAUAUUCGAGCAUUCAAUGCAAGCUGUCGCCAUCUUUGCGGCAGUUUGCUCCGGCGCAGGUAUUGCCCUUCAGAAUCUCAUUUUCGGGAGGUUCAUCACUGUCGUUAUCGAUUUUGCGUCCGCAAAGACAUCGCCUUCCCAUGUCCGCGACGAAACCGCAACGCUUGCUCUUUAUUUUGUUUACCUUGGCAUCGGCCGAUUCGUACUAUCGUACGCCUACAAUACGCUUCUGACCUACGCGGCGUACCGCGUAACUCGAAAUAUUCGACACGCAUACCUCAGAGAUGCGCUCAGCCAAGAAGUCGCAUUCUUCGAUCUCGGCACCAGCGGCUCCAUCGCAGCCCAGACUUCUUCCAACGGCCGCUUGAUACAAGGUGGAAUAAGUGAAAAGUUGGGUCUCUUGUUCCAGGGCAUGUCUACCUUGGUGACAGCAUUUAUCAUCGCAAAACAUUUUAUCAAGCGCCCGUACAAUCGAGCGUUUGAGAUGCGCGACAGGCUAGUCCGCAAAUUCAACACCUACUUGACCGAUGCCCACCACGUUGGUAUCAAAAUCUCGCCUCAUUUUGGCACCUUGCUUUCAGCCGACUAUUGCAUUGUCUACCUGGGCUACGGUCUUGCUCUCUGGCAGGGUAUCCGAAUGUUUUCUAAAGGUGAGAUAGACCAGCCUGGAGAAAUCUUCACUGUUAUCCUCUCUGUUAUCAUCGCCGCCACCAGCCUCACAAUGCUUGCGCCAUAUUCCGUCGACUUUACCCGGGCAUCUGUUGCUGCGGCGAAACUCUUUGACCUAAUCGACCGCGAGUCCGAGAUUGAUUCAUUCGACAGUACCGGUAAAAUACCAUCAGAGACGAUAGGAGAAAUUUCUGUCGACAAUGUUACUUUCGCCUAUCCAACCCGACCCGGUAUCGCAGUCCUUGACAACUACUCCGUCAAGUUUCCUGCUGGAAAAACUACUGCCCUUGUUGGUCAAUCUGGAUCCGGAAAAAGCACUGUCAUCGGUCUUCUUGAGCGCUGGUAUAAUCCUGAGUCCGGCACGAUUUCGUUAGAUGGCUGCCCAAUCGAUCAGCUGAAUCUGAACUGGCUCCGAACCAAUGUCCGUUUAGUGCAGCAAGAGCCAGUCCUAUUCCAAGGAACCAUCUUCGAUAACAUUCGAUCUGGCCUAACUGGCACUGCAUGGGAAGAUGCGCCAGUAGAAGAGCAGAUGCACCAUGUCGAAGAAGCUGCUAAGCUGGCGUUUGCCCAUGAGUUCAUCUCUAAGCUACCUAAUGGAUAUAAUACCCAGGUUGGCGAGCAUGGGUGCCUGCUCUCUGGUGGCCAGAAACAACGUAUUGCUAUUGCGCGCAGUAUUAUUUCCAAGCCCAAGGUCCUUCUUCUGGACGAGGCUACAAGUGCACUUGAUCCUGAAGCUGAAGGUAUUGUUCAAAAGGCGCUAGAUACGGUCUCUAAGGGUCGCACGACAAUUGUUAUCGCUCACAAGCUUGCUACUAUCCAGAAGGCCGACAACAUCAUCGUCAUGAUGAAAGGACGCAUCGUCGAACAAGGUACUCAUCAGUCUCUGACCAUGUGUGGCGGUACCUAUGCUCGACUCGUGCAGAUUCAGAACCUCACAGCACAGAGCGACGAGUCUGGAGACAUUACGGACCAAUCUGAACCCCUAGAUCACGUCCCGAUGUCUAUUGAACCGAGCAGAACUUUGACUCGGCAUGAGACCUCCCACCAAAGCGAUGUCGAUGGAAGCAAGGAUCUAGGUGGAUAUGAUCAGCAUGAGCAGCGCGGUGUCAUCUCUGUCAUUAUUCGGAUCGUUGGCCAGACGCCUGAGCUGAGGUUGGCAUUUAUUGUCAUCCUGAUGGCGUGCAUCGUGGCAGGCGCGACCUUUCCCGGCCUGGCCAUUCUUAUUGCCAAUAUCGUUGAGGUCUUCUCUCUCACAGGAUCUGAGAUAGAGCUUCAAGGCAACUUCUAUGCCAAAAUGUUCAUCGUCUUUGCCUGCGGGUGUUUCGUUGCCUACUUCGCUUUAGGAUACGCCACAAACGUUGUUGCUCAUAAUUUGAGUCACAAGUUCCGCAAAUCUAUUCUUGAGAGCAUCCUUCGACAGGAUUUGCAGUUCUUUGAUCGAGAAGAGAAUACCACCGGAGCACUGAUCAGUCAAAUAGACUCAAACCCACAGGCUGUCCUUGAACUUAUGGGCUACAACGUUGGCCUUAUCCUUGUCGCCGUCUUCAACAUCACUGCCUAUAGCGUCUUAGCUAUUGUGUAUAGCUGGAGACUUGGCUUGGUAGUUACCUGCAGUGGCCUUCCCCCUUUGGUUACUGCCGGUUAUCUUAAAAUCCGGUUCGAUGCUAAACUGGAUCGCGAGACGUCGAGGCUCCUUUCACUCAGUGCUUCUAUUGCUUCCGAAGCGAUAAAUUCUAUCCGGACUGUUUCGUCUCUCGCUAUUGAGAAUUCGGUGCUGUCUAGAUACUCCCACGAGCUGGAUCUCGCAUUGGCUGGCUCUAAGCGACCUGUGUUGGCCAUGAUGAUCUGUUUCGCCUUUACACAGUCUAUCGAAUACUGGUUUAUGGCCCUUGGCUUUUGCGUCACUAAAGGCAUUAAUGCGGCCAACUAUAUCUUUUGGCUUCAGGACCUUCAGCCGUCGGUAAGGGAAAUAGAUGAAAACCGUGGAAACGGCCCUGAAUCUGGCGAUAUGGUGAACAUCCGUGAUGUGCACUCUUCUUACCCUCUUCGACCCGAGAUGCGCAUCCUCAGAGGCAUAAAUGUUAAUAUAAAGGGUCAGUUUGUUGCUUUUGUUGGAGCAUCUGGUUGCGGCAAAUCUAUAAUAAUCGCUUUACUUGAACGGUUUUACGACCCCAUAACAGGCUCAAUUGAUAUUGACUCGACCUGUUUGACUUCUCUUAACCCUUGA